ACACGCAGCACUUUGAGGAAUAUUCGGGAUUUAACCGGUGAACCAGAGGAGGAAACCCGCCAAUGUGCAUCAUCACAAACCCGUUUUGAGUGAGAAGGGAGAUCGAUAUGGCGCUGAGAGAGUUAAAAGUUUGCCUCCUGGGGGACACCGGCGUUGGGAAGUCCAGUAUUGUUUGGAGAUUUGUGGAGGACAGUUUUGACCCAAACAUCAACCCGACCAUCGGGGCGUCCUUCAUGACCAAGACCGUGCAAUACCAGAACGAGCUGCACAAGUUCCUGAUCUGGGACACGGCUGGACAGGAGCGGUUUCGGGCUCUCGCACCGAUGUACUACAGAGGGUCCGCAGCAGCCGUCAUCGUUUAUGACAUCACCAAAGAGGAUUCCUUCCAAACACUAAAGAACUGGGUGAAGGAGCUGCGGCAGCACGGUCCUCCCAACAUCGUGGUCGCCAUCGCAGGCAACAAAUGCGACCUGUCGGACGCCAGGGAAGUGCCAGAGAAGGAUGCCAAGGACUACGCCGACUCCAUCCAUGCCAUCUUUGUAGAAACCAGUGCCAAGAACGCCAUUAACAUCAACGAGGUGUUUAUAGAGAUAAGUAAGCGCAUCCCUGUAGUCGACGCAGCAGGAACUACAGGGAAAGCUUUCAAACUGGGACGUCAGGCCUCGGAGUCUCGCAGAAUGUGCUGCUGAUGAUUCCAGCAACUUUCCCCUCCUCCGUGACCUUUGACCCGACCUCUGUGCCCCCCGGGCCUGCUUCAGCUUCCAGCCCAACUCUGCCGACACGGGUCCUGGGACGCACAAGUGUCCCUCGAGUGACCGUAGCAUUUCAACCACAAACAAAACAAAAAAAAUGUUAAACAUCAAUAACGUGUAAGUAAAAAAAAAAAAAGGUCGCUAUAAUUGUAUUUGCUUCUAUCGUAGACAUCAAAAUCAUGUAAAAUUGCCCCUGGGUUUAUGAGACUUUACAGAUUAAUGAAAUGAAUUGUUCUAGUAAAUUUGUAAUAAUUUACUACCUUUAAAACCAAAUAUGUAAAAAAAACGGCUAAAUUCCCCCAAAUGAUUUUAAUGGCACUGAAGUUGUCGUCUUUUUCAUGACGAGAUCUCUCAAACAAACAAUUUGUCUUAUUACGAUUAACUCCUGUAAUCAAUAAUCAAUAUUUGAUGAAGACGAUCACAGUCUUCAUCGGGGUUUGUAUCUCGACGGAUAGAUUUUCCAGGCGAAAUAUCAAUUUUACUGUGUGAUUGAUGUUUUCUUCAAGCUGCAUUUCAAGGCAAAUCCCAAAUGGGUUUUUUGAAGAAAAUUGCAAUCCCACUGUAAAAAAUGUGAAAGUAACUUUGACAUUAAAGGAAUAGUUUGCGUUGGUAUAGAUGAGAAUAUUCCUGUGUUUGUGGGCUCAAUAUGAAGUUAUCAAAGGAAACAAAGACGCUCACUAAUUAAAGUGUUAUAUCUGACAGAGCCAGGUGUUUAUGCUAAGCUAACCUGCUAAUUAUGAGAAUGUUAUCUUUAACCAUUAUAGCAAAUCGCUGUGUUCCAUGAAACAAACUAUUCCUUUAAUUGUGCUCCACACCUCUGUACAUUGUCAUGUUUGUGUUGUUAUAUGAUGAUGCUUGUAGUACUAAAAUAGAAUUAACUGAAGCCUGAUGUCUACACACACUUUACAGUAUCACUUUAGCUCCAUUUUGCUCUAAUCUUACUCCAACUGGCGAAUCCUUUGCGGCUCCUUCACAGUUGUACUGAUUUUUGUGAGGUCUUGCCAAAUUCUAUAAUUGUCCCAUAAACAUUUUUUUCUCUGUGCUUUUUUUGGCACAUAAUCAGUAGGAACUCACGCAUACGAUGUUGUUUUAGUACCUGCCUGAGAUGAAAUCGUACGGGUGGCGAUUGAGACGUGGCGCUGGGCGGACACGGCGACCCCCCGAUGAACCCCGGCCCCCUUUCUGCUCUGAAUUACUGUAUUCUUUAUUUCCCAGGUCGGCCUUCUGUUUUUCCUUAACCCCAACUUCCUUUGCCUCAUUGUGCUAAAUUACAGGAAGUUACUGUGGAUCCAGCUUUUAUUUAGCUUCUAACAUGUGGCUCACUGUAUCAUGGUCCUCUCUGUGAUCCUGUGCUCGUUAACAUCUUCCUGAUUGACUUCCAGUCGACUCGUGGGCCACAGACUUCAUUCUGUGGAAAUCCAUCCUCGUCUCUGGAGCCCUUUCAGCCCCUAAAGAUCCUUUCAGUUGCCAAAAAAUAGAGAUUUGGGCUUAAUUAGACUGCAUUUCCAGGUUAAUACAUUUGUACUGUGUGUUCCUCUGUUGUUAUUGAUGAUUUGUGUGUGAAGCCUGUAUCUUAUUUUCUUAUAGAGUGCAAUAGUUGUCAUUAUGACAAAGGUGUAAAUGUGACCAAAACAAAGGGAUAACGCUUCCACAGAAGAGCUGUGAUCUCGUUCCAGCCGUCCCAAGCAGAUCAUAAUGUGUAUUUACCUCGUGUGUUACGAGGCCUCAGAAAGCAGAGGGGCUUCUAUAGGUCAAAACUUAAACUAAAAGGGAAUGUGGUACUUUGAAAGCUGCAUUGUAGUAGUUCUGACAUCACUCCGUGUCCUGCUAUCACCUAUCACGUGAUUCUUGUAAUGCUGUUGGACUUUUUCAUGCUACCUGGAGGUUUUCUGUUGGUUUUGACUGUUUUCUCAGUUCUUAUUGCUACAAAGUAAUGGUGCCAAAUUAUGCCAACGCAAUUUUACCACACCCAAUAUAAUUAGCCUUUUUUUUUUAUUAUUAAUGCAAGACAAUGAUUUAAAGUUUGAUCACAGCGAAUGGUUUCCCCUUAUUCUAAAACAGGAGGCAUGGAUACAAAUUGUGUGCCAUCUUUGCAUUGAAAAAUACCAAUAGUCUUGGGCUGGCCCUGGGAAAGUGAUGAAUCUGUUAUGUAUAUUUUUCAGUGUAAAUAUAUACCAUCAAAUUGCACAUAAAUCACAAUAGACUUGUAAACGGUUUGAAGUUACUCCGUCUGCAUUGUAGUUACCAUAUAUAGCUUUUUACUAGACGUUUCCUAUUGAUUGUAACAAAAUGCCUGAAAAAAAAAAACGUGCCCGCAGUGUAUUCACAAAUGUGUAAAAAGGGAAUUGUCAAUUUGUUUGCUAAUAAAAGAUUGACAAAGA